AAAGAGGAGGAAGGGUCGCGGUGAGAUUGGAAGAAGCAAUGAGGGACCGGAGAAGGGGGUCGCGCUGACGAAGGAGGGGUGGGAUUUGAGCUAGCGGCCAGCGGGGCGAUUCUCGAAACUCCACUCCGUCCGUUCAACUGAGUACACGCGCGCUUCCCGCCCACAGCAACGCAAAGCAGCGCGCGCCUACGAUGUUGUGAAUGAGGGAGUGGGGUGACGUCAGCGGCCGAAUGUCAACAAUGUAGCCACUGAGAGUAGGCGUUCCAGUUGAGUGUAACAAACAGCGGAGACGGAGCGGCAAGCCGCGAAGGAUCACACAGCGCACAUUGCUACAGGCGCGCACGCGCGCGCACGUCAACAACAGACCGUAGAAUUACAGACUGGGUUGUUUUUUUUUUUGUUUUUUUGCUUUACGUCGUUCGUGUAAUCGAGAAAAAAAACACGCUAGUUGCGGCGACUAGAAGGGACUCACCUACUGCAGCCGGGAAGCUUUGAGGAAACGACAAAGCCAGCCAUCAUGUGAAAGAACUUAUAUGGGAAACAGACAAAAGGGCUGGAAAACGAGAGAAAUAAAAAGUAAAAGGGCCGCCCUCCCCACGCUGCGCCGAGCUGCCAAUCAUCUGUCCCACCUCGGAUCGUUCUGACUGACAGUGAUGUGUCCUCAUGCUGCUCGUGGAUAAAUGAUCACUAAUCAGCCCCCGAAGAUGAAGGACAAGUCUCUCUGCCAGUGGGGGAAGGGAUGUGGAGCCUACCAGUUCAUCUGAGGCCCGCUGUCACACCUCGGACAGGACAGGACUUAUUAGUUGACAAACUCACCACAGAGGAAUAAAAAAAAGCAUCAAAAGAGGGUGUGAGCGGCAUGUCCGUGGAUGAGAAGACUGAAGACCCCAUGUAUGUGUAUGAGUCGACGGUUCAUUGUACCAAUAUCCUCCUCUGCCUUAAUGACCAGCGGAAGCAGGAUAUCUUGUGUGAUGUGACUGUCCUGGUGGAGGGCAAGGAAUUCCGAGGGCACCGGGCCGUGCUGGCUGCCUGCAGCGAGUAUUUUCUCCAGGCGCUGGUUGGCCAAGCAGAGAAUGCCUUGGUGGUUAGCCUUCCAGAAGAGGUCACUGCCAGGGGAUUCGCCCCAUUGUUGCAGUUUGCCUACACUGCGAAGCUUUUACUCAGCAGAGAAAACAUCCAGGAGGUCAUCCGCUGUGCAGAAUUCCUGCGCAUGCACAACCUCGAGGACUCCUGCUUUCGCUUCCUGGAGGCUCAGCUACGAAGAGAGGAGGACAACCUCAUGCUUUGCCACAGGGGGGCACCGGAGGCUAUCAACUCAGAGGAUGAAAGCAUGCAGUCAGAGUGUGAAAGACCCACCUCCCCCAGGACACGGCAUUGUGAAGACACCCUGGGAUCCUUUCAGAGUCCUGAUGAUGACAGGUUAGCAAUGACUGUGUCCAGUAACUUGACAGAUGGCCAGCUGGACUUUGAGCGACAUGGAGCAUCAGAUCUACCACGAUGCCCUAAGUACAGAAAAUAUCAGUGGGCUUGUAACAAGCACAAUAAUGACACCUCCUCACACACCAGUACCUCAGGUUUUCCAAGCACAAUUAAGGAGAGCAGCAUCAGUGGGGUUCUGCCGGGUCAGGGCAGGUUGCCCGUGACACAGAUAAAAGUUGAACCGCAGGCAGAGGAAGAGGCCAUCUCAUUGUGCCUGUCAGGAGAUGAACAGGAUGUCAGGGACAAGGACAGUGUGACAGCUAUGGAAAUGGAUAACCCCUUAUCUCUCGAAAGAACCAAGAGAAACAAGUCCUCAUCUUGCCUCCAAGCCUACUUCAAGAAAGGAAUAGACCUUCCUAGUCUGUCCAACACUUCACAGCAGCUACUCACCAACAGACUUGUCUGCCCCCAGGACAAAGGAAACUCUCAGGGAGAUCACAAAAAAGACUUCAGGCCUUUUACUGGGGAGCUGGAUCUGUCUGUUACAUCCCCAAAGGAGGUAGAUAGUUUCCCUGCAGGGUUGUCUCUGAAGUCUGCUUCCUGUGAUGGUGUCUGCAAACAGGAAGUUGAGCUAGACCGCCGUAGUGUCAUAUUUUCCUCAGGGGCCUCCAACCGUCUGGGACCGCCAGCACAUUCCUACCCUGGUGGGAACUCUUUGGAGAUGGAGCUUUCUGAGCAAGUGACAAAAGGACUGUGGGCUGAAGCCUGCCAGUCCCUCCCGAACUCCCAGGCUUAUUCUCCCAGCACCACUUCCUCUGAGCCCCCAGUCCUGUCGCGUCCACGCCCCAACACCAGCUGCCCAGUGCCAAUCAAAGUAUGCCCACGGUCGCCUCCUUGUGAGACGCGCACCAGAACUUCCAGCUCUUGCUCCUCUUACUCCUAUGCGGAGGACGGUAGUGGAGGCUCUCCCUGCAGCCUGCCCCAGUUUGAGUUCUCCUCCUCACCAUGCUCCAACGUGGCACGAUGCCUCAAUGUGGACCAGCAGGAGCAAAGUGUGGGAGGGGAUGCUCGUUUCAACCAGGUGCGACCCAAAAUCAAAUGUGAGCAGUCCUAUGGAACCAACUCAAGCGACGAGUCCGGCUCCUUCUCAGAAGGAGACAGUGAGUCAUGCCAUGCUCAAGAGCGAGGGCCGGAGGUGAAGCUUCCUUUUCCUAUUGAUCAAAUCACAAAUCUUCCACGGAAUGACUUCCAAAUGUUGGUCAAAAUGCACAAACUGACAUCAGAGCAACUUGAGUUCAUCCAUGAUGUGAGGCGGCGGAGCAAGAAUCGCAUCGCAGCGCAGCGUUGUCGCAAAAGGAAGCUUGACUGCAUUCUGAACCUGGAGUGUGAGAUCAGAAAACUAGAGUGCGAGAAAGAGAAGCUACUGACAGAGAGGAACCAGCUGAAAGCCUGUAUGGGAGAGCUGUGGGAGAACUUCUCCUGCCUGUCCCAGGAGGUGUGCCGGGACGUCCAACUGAGCCCAGAGCAGGUCCAGUCCUUACACCACUACUGCCCUGUGCUGCGGCCCCCCAACUCCACUGCCAGCAACAACGCAGCCCACGAGCCCAGACAUGCCGCCAUCAGCACCCCGGCCAGCACCAGCAUCGACCUCACAGGCCACUCUGGCUCUGCCACCCCUGAACCCAGCUUCCUGGGGUCACCGGGACCCUCAGAGAACGAGCCUGAAUCUGCCGUCAGGAACGGGGCAGAUCAGGAUAUGGGGGGCCGCGACACCAGCUUGUACUCCACAUCAGAGUCUGUGGAAAAAUCCAACCAAACAGUAACGGUAGAUUUUUGCCAGGAAAUGACUGAGAAAUGUACAACUGACGAGCAGCCAAGGAAAGACAAUACCAAGUAGAGGUGGAUCUUUAUUCAGUUGUUUUGAAUGUUUUUCUAUUAUUUAAUUUUACUCCUCUGACUAACCCUUUCUCUGGGUUGUGAGAUGGUCAGCCUCUGCCAGUGUUCACUGAAAAACAAGCUUUGUAUUUAUGUCAUUUUGUGUUGUUUUCGUUUCUGUAUGUUUUGUUGAAAUGGUUGACACUAAAAUUGUCUUAACAGCAGCAAUACUGUUCUGCAGGCAUUCUCCUCUUACCCUGACAGAGUGGGAACCUCUCACCAAACUCGUACUAUGGUGCUAUACCCGGCCAGCCGGCAGGAGCCUCUGCAGGGAAGACUGCCGUUCAUUUGUCACACAUCACAACUUCAAGUUGAACCUCAUUGGACCUAAGCAGCAGCUCUCUUUUUAUACAAACAGGAUCUCUGUUUCUUCCUGUUUGCUGUCCUUUUCUCCUUCUACUGCUCCGUCUUCAGGUGUACUCACACACACAUGCACACGCACACUGCUUCCCCAUUGGGUUCCAGACCUGCUCUAGAGAUGUAGAAACACAAAUGUGUGCAGAAUCACCUCUAAAUUACUUCUUGAGAGUAUAAAGGCAACUACUUAUUAACCCCACAUGACAGAAACCAAAUUUUUCAAUGUCAUUUUUUAUCAGCAUACAAUCCUGAUGAUACCUUCAAACUGUGAGAUGUUUCUUCUAAUUAUUCUGAAAAUCUCCUGAUGAUUUUAGCACAAACACUUUGGUCCUGAUUUCCACAUUUCUGUAGGCUGCCUAACAGGUUUAACAUUUCCAGGUCAAUGAGGCUAAAAUAUUACAGAAUGUAACCUGUAAGAUUUUAUCUCUGAGGAAUCCGUUUGUUCAGUUUGUAGCCGAAAAACUGUAAUCAUUUGCAUUAUUGUUUUGUUUUUUUUGUACUUCAAGAUUCUUCCAGCAUGGAGAUUGUGACUUCUAGCUACAAAUGGAGGGCAUAUUAAUUUGGGAGUAUUUCACAUUGGACAGCAUUUCUUUAAAGUAUCAUCAACAUCAAGAUAAAUCAUCAUGAAAGUGAAUCUUCUGUCACAGAAUGCAAACAUUUUGCUCAAUCAAGAGCAGAGUUUUAUCAAUAAGUGUUUAGUGCAGAUCCAGUUUUUCCAGAAUGAUGUCAACAGAGAUUUUGAGCAGCUCUGGCAGUAACUUCUUCAAGAAAGUUCUGAUGAGAUUCUGCACACAUUAGUGUAAACUUCUCAGAUGUUUGUGUGUGAAAGCAGCUCGUUAGUCUCUCUCUGCCUCUGUCUACCUCUCUCAGUCCCUCACUCUCUCUCUCUUCUAUGAUUAUAUCUCAGUGGCUCUUUUGGUCACAAGAAUUCAAACUCAGGAAAAAACAAUCCUCUGAAUGUUCAACCUAAUUCAUUGAAAAUGAGAUGAGAGAUUCUGUACAAUAGGAAGUUACAAUGCAGUGAGACUGUAAAAUGUUCAUAUGCAAAAAAAAAAAAAAAAAUGUUUUCAGGCAUUUCUUAUUUGUAUUUCUGUACAGGAGAACUUUGUACAGCCUGUAACUGAGAACAUUCCUUCUAUGCCUUCCACAGCACUGAAUUGAAAGGAGAAUAAGGUGAUUAGAUGGCUAUUUUUAUUUCCCACUCAUCAGCAAUACCAUUGUAUUUGGAUGUUGUAUCAGUGAUUUUUCAAAUGUUUGUUUGGCAGAUGUGUAUAUAGUAUGGAGCAUGAUGACUGUAACAGUGAUUUUUGUACAUGUAGAAACGUAGGUGUUUCUUUUUAUUUCACUUGGGUUAUAUCAAGCACCUUUCUAAGGGAAAACUUUUUCUUUGCUGUUUCCUGUCCUGCCUAAUGAAUACUUUCCAUCAUGGUGGGUGUUCUUAUACUCAGGAAAUCAGCUCAAUACAUGAGUACACGCACACAAAACACACACAGCAUGCAUCCAUAAACAAUCAUCAGCCCCUUGCAUGUUUAGAAAUGACCCAUGAGAAUAUAUUUUACGGACUGGCUCAGGCCAGCCCAGCUUCACCUUUGGCUCCUUUUUAAAUGUGAAAAACUUCCCCUCAUGUUCUUUCUCCCCAUGUUGCUUACUUCCUAUUAUAGCAGUAUUUAAAGAUGCUAUUUGUGUAAGCUCUCACAUUUUGCUAUUGACAUUUUAAAAUUUAUCCAAGAAAUAAAGUAAAGAAUGAAUGAAUGAAUUUAGGCACUUUGUUUCUGGCCCCGAGCGCUCAGAGCCAUUAGCACUUCAGCUACAGUCUUUGUCUUUAUUUUCUUCUAAGUCUGAACCUGGAGCACUUAAAUUGGCCCUGCAAGACAAAAUGUUUUUGAUGUCAUUAUACGUCGAUGAAGAUCUAAAAGAAGUUAAUGUUUUAGUAUAUAAUUAUUCUCAACUUUGCUUUGUGUUUUCAUUAGUAAUGAAAUAAGCUAAUUCCUGAUUGAGUUGACAUGUAAGUGGUGUGUGUGUUUUCCAAAUGACUGAAUACCAAUCCUGUAAGGUCCCGUAAGGUCCUGUAAGGUCCUGUAAGGUCCCGUAAGGUCCCGUAAGGUCCUGUAAGGUCGUAAAAUUGUUGCAUUGAUUGUGUUUGAUCAUCCAUCUCUGUGAUGUGCAUGCUGCAUAGAACUAUAAGAGUGGUUAGUUGGUCAAGCUUAUGUUUUGCCUUGUAAGUUCUCUCUUCUUUUAAAAUGCUUUUAAAAAUUGUUUCCCAAAAUGUUCUGUAUAAAGAAAUUUAACUGUAUCAAACCUCACCAGAGGCAAGCUACACGCAAGUACAAGCAGGGUUGAAUUCAGCAUGAAACUUUGUUGCUAUUUCUUCUCUUUAAAGUCCCAAUUCUAAAGGUAUGUACCUGUGAUGGUGUCGCUUCUGUUCUACUGAGCAUUUCAACUAAGGCAUAAAUAACUAUGCUAACUUUGCUAUUUUAUCUGUCAAAGUCAGUUUUCAAAGUCUACCGCCACCUCUGUCCUUGGCAUUAUCCAACCUUGUGAUCUAUAUGGGUUCAACCAUGAACCCUGUUCCUCUUUGGCAAUUCUUCUACCUCCUCUGAACAUCUUCCUCAGCCUUCCCUUUCCUACAGUGAUUCCAUAUUGCUCCACCUGAGCUGUCCCUCUCAUAUAUUCAUUCCUAACCAUGUUCAUUGGGGUCACUUUCAGUGAAAACGUGACUUUGUCCAGCUCUGCUGGCUCUAUCUCCAUCUCCAGUUCCUGUUUGUAGAGCCAGCUGUGAAGCCUUCAUCUCAACAGGUCUCGCUGCCAUUCUUUGUCCCAGUCUUCCCCUCUCAGGUGUUCUGCCUGCUGCUGUGGACAGCUGACUCCAGGUACUUUAACACCUGUUCUGCUUUCAGCUUCAAUGUUCCACCUGUGUCCCAUUGAUCCCACCUUACCCUCCCAUUAACUUCUGGUAGACUAUGGUAGAAACAAAUAUAUAAUGAUCUCCAUAAAACUGAUCACUAGCCAAUGGUUUUCCUAAAGCAUAACAGAAGCUUCUGCAAGGUUUUUCUGUCAACCUGUCUGAUUGAUGCUGUGCUUCUUUCUUGUCUCUUCUUGUCAGACUAACACAGGAUUGGGACUUUAAAGUUUGGAUGAGAUUUUUUAAACGUUGUUCCUCCUAACUUUUUCUGAUGUAAAUUUUAGAUUAAGAUCUCAUUGGUUGUUCCUUUCUGUUUUUCAGCAGGAUAGUGUCUAAAUGUACUUCUCUACCCCAUCUUUAAAUUGUUAGGAUUGAUCCCUUUCAUAGAAUGCAAACAUGCACAAGCUCAUGUUCAUGUUACACAUACCACACAUACACAGGUUUGGAGCAGUAGUAAUGACAUUUAAAUAUAUAUUUCUACAUAUAUGAUGUUUUUGCUUGUUUCGUUUUUAUGUGCUGUUUCCUUUCAUGAACACACUCCAGAAGAAGCCCUAUGUUGACAGUUUUAGUUAGCAGAAAGAAAUUAUUAAAAUCUAAGAUCUACAUUGGACAAUUUUCUGUAAGAUUAGACCUGAAGAUUACUCUCUUUUUCUCUUGAGAAAUGUAGCCAAAGUUUAUCAGAGGCUCCUGAGAUGAUCUAAUACUUCUACAGAGAACACAGACUCUUCUGAACAUAUUUUGCUGAUUAAUCUGAAUUUCCAAAUAUAAUCCCACUGAACUAAGGUUUCUAAGGUUUAGUCCCUGCUUUAGGUCGAGACUUUUAUGAUUUUUUUAUGCUCUCUUAAUGCUGAAAGGGUCACCCUACCAUGUAAACGAUCUUAAAUUAAUCUUGGGACGUUUGGGUUUAAGCAACAAAGAGAAAAUGGUUUUAUUUUCCAUUUCCUCUUUUUAGUUGACAACAAAAUGUCUUUUACCACUGGAUGCUACUUAAAUUUGUGUCACCAAGUUUUAAUGAAUACUCUGUAUAUUUCAUCACUUUAUACCAGUAACAUGCACAUACCAAAGCUGUCUGCAUGGUGUGAGUAGAUGUCAGUCAGCCAAGGAUGUUUUAUUGCUAAUUCAGUGAAGCAUACCAUUGAAACCUUAGGGUGGCGAGUACUUAAACAUGCUCUGGAUAUCACUCUGAAGCAGGGAGUAGAAAAGCAGUGAGCUGAAUAGAUUUUGGAUUUUUCUGCUCAUGAUGUUGGAGUAUUUUCUUUUCUUCAGGUGACAGUAUUGCCACCAUGAACAAGCUCUGUAUUUGCCCUCUGAUGAAUGUUGAGUUUUGACAUUCUUUUUUUUUUCUCAAUCUGAUUUUGAUCUCCUGUGACUGUGUGCAAGCAGCACAACACAAGCGAUUCUUUAUUUGGUGUGGGGUUAGCGGGGAGGAAGGAGAUGAGAUCAACAAAUUCAGUCUGGUUACUGUUAAACCAAAAUUAGGAGCUGGAAGGUGCUGACAAGCUAUGCAGACGAAAAGCAGAUGCAGAUUUGGUUUGAAUUCCUCUUUGUGUUAAAUCAGAUGCAAACCAAUCAGAUUGAUUAUAGACAAACUUUAUUUCUUGUUAUAUGCAUGAAUUGAAAGAAAGUAUUGUUGACAUGAGUUGGUUUCCAGGUUGCUUUGUGCAGGUCAAACAUAGUUACAACAGUAUGAUUUAUAUAUAAACAAGUUGUAGCUCUGUAAAAUUAACCCACUCAUCUUUCUAUUUAGUUUUGUUACAUUUCCUUUUUUCUUUUUUUCUUUUUUUUUGUUUCUGCUUCUCUGACACUGGCUUUUGCAACUCCAAAGGUUGUUCUGAAAAAUAUGAACAAAAACAUGCCUUUUUACAGAUUACUAGACUUAAUUUUUAUUAACAAAAGAAAAUGUGUGUUAUUUAAAUGCACAGGUUAAAAUCAUUCAGUGAAAUCUAAAUGUAAUAUGUUUACAGAUAGGUGUCAUGUCAUGUUUGAUCUAUUCUUCUCCAUGUAAGAGGCAAAGAAUGAGUUCCUCUGACCUUGUGUUUCAUCCAACUUUUCGGAUGCCUCAGUAUUACAUGGAUACAAGUGCACCUCCGAUAUUUGCCUUAGAACUUGCAGAGGCCAUAGUUCACAUUCAAGUGAAGUGAGUGUAUGCAGGGGCCUGGGCCCCCAUCCCUGAGUAACCAGUGCAGACUUUUCUCACACUUAUCUACCUGUGAAAUCCUUCAUACCUCUCAUAACUGGUCAAUGACUGUAUCAGCAAACUGCAUCAGGUGUUUUUCUACAUGCUUUUACACAGAUUAAAUGGAUUAUUGUAUUGGUAGAUUUUGGUGCAUCAUUUUUAAUGUAAUAGCUUCUAAGCUUGUAGUUCAAGUUAUUUUUUCUUAUUUUUUUCUAGACUGUUUUGUGUUAAUAUUGUCCACUUGAAAUAGCUGUUAUUUGCUUAUUCUCUACUAAGAGUUCUUACCUAAAUUUUUAAUGCUACAUGACCCUAAUUAUUAAAGACUUAAUAACCAUGUAAAUACCUUGUUGUGCAACCCCCUUUUCAUUCAUUUCAAUUGCUAGUGUUAUAUAAAUGACUUUUUUGUCUAGACACCAUUUCUCUUUAUGAAAUAAAAAAACUUGC